AUGAACAGCUCAAGCUCUGUUAGCAUCGGCGGCGCCAUGGGCACCGUCGAACUUGCAAACAACGUCAAAAGUUUCCUCGACAGCACGCAAGACAAGCAGGACGAGGAUCUCCUGGCCAGGAUCAAUGUGCUCAAGCGGCCGGUUGAGACCAACAUCGAGCUGAUCCUGGACUGCGACCCAGCACAGUAUGAGGACUACGCCACGAGGCUGGUGAAGCUUAAACGCUCCUUCGCGACCAUCGACCCGAACGCGAAGCGAGGCGAUACUACUCGGCGCCUGGAGACAUUCUGCCGGGGCCUGGACGACCUCCUGAUCGAGACGGAGAAGACGCUCGGCAGGAAGAGCCUGGGAACACUGAACAUCAUGCUGGACGAGCCCGCACCAGUGGCAACCCGCACCUCUCGAGACCAGGCCCGGAUCAGGACGCAGAGCAUCCAGGCCAGUACCGUCGCGUCGAGGCGCGACGCAUUCCAGGUCCCACCCAUCUCAUUGUCGGGGGCGCGCUUCCUGUCGCCCAAGUCGCCGGCAUGGAAAAGGCACCGCCUCCUCAGGCCUUCGUCCCCACGAUCUCCUCGCUCUCCUCGGCACAUCAGGUCUGCACAGAUACACCUGACGGUCAGGCAGGCAGGGCGGCAGGCUUAG